ACCUCUGGUCUAGAAGCCUAAUUCCGUCCAAUAAAUACACACAUCUAGGAUCUGAUGACUGAUAUUGAAUACACAGCGAACAUAAAUUGAACUAUAUUUAUAUUUAAUGCAUUAGGUUCUGCCAAAGCCUUGCUGCAAAGCGUAUCCAACAGGAGAAGAAAAGGACAGCAGGUGGUGGUGUUGAACACGUCUAUGGUGCGCUGUCAUCAACAGAAGAGGAAGAAGGAAGUGGCAGGACUGGACUUGGAGAUGUAGUUAGCUGCCUCCACUGAAGCACCAGCCGCUUACUAGCUAGGCAGCUAUAUACCAUUAGUGUUUGACAAUGCGAUGGGUAACUGCUGGGGAUAUUGUGUGGGGCUCUUCAGGAGAGAAGCCAACAGAAUCCAGAGAGGAGGCGGUUCAAAGUACUUCCGAAGCAGCACCACAGGGGAACAUUAUACAAUAGAGUUUGAAAAUCUCGUAGAGAGUGAUGAGGCAGAGAGUCCGCAGCCCUGUCCGAGGCCCAUCAGUGAAGAUGAGAUCAAGCACCUCAAAGAUCACCGCUACACUGCACUCUCAGAUCAUCAGAUCCUGAUAGACCAGAAGCUCCAAGUGGAGUUAGAGGCACAAGAGGAGAAGUUGAGGCUAGAAGAGGAGGCUAGAAAUGCCACCCAGCGCGAGGCCGCCAGGUUGGCACGUGAACGCAAAAUGAAGGAGCUGCCUGCCCAGAGGAGCCGCGGGAAAGCAGAUGGCUCUGGCGGCGACCCUCGGCGAAGAAAACAAAACUCCGGGGAGGAUUUUGACGUCUACCUCCAGAAUGUAAAAGCCCAGUCGGAGGCCUUCAGGGGGAACAGACUGCCGUCCGAAACCAACGCGGUGACUCCCAACACAGAGUGCAGCUGGGACUUCACCACCAAGACCCGCUCCACCAACGAUGACGGGACCUCGCUGGAUCUGGAGUGGGAAGACGAGGAAGGAAUCAACCGGGGACUCCCGGUGUGGGAGAGGUCCCGGACGGAGGAGGACAUCCUGCGCGCAGCCCUGAGGCCGGGUGGCAAGCAGGCCAGCAGCGGGCCGCCCUCGGCCUCGGAGGACUCCAACGCGCUGGAGUGGGAGAACGAUUUUGUGGGCACCCACUCCGAGGACAAUGCAGACACUGAGUUUGAAGGGUUUGUCAACCCGGUCCUAGACACUCCCACCGAGGGCGGCCCGGAUGGCGGCCUCGGGUUGGACAACCAGGACAGAUAGUGUCCAGCCCCACGGGAGGCGCUCGUCGAGUCCUCUUGAUGUCAAAGCUUUUUUUUUUUUUUUUUUCUCAUGAAAAGGAAAUGUACGCAGAUGCUCUUCAUAUUCCCGUAAUCGGAGAUGAAGCCCGGGCGGGGAGCACAGUGUGUCCGCACUGCAGUAAGAUGUGGUGUACCGUUUUUAAUCAGAGAUUUUGUUUUUUUCCAGUGCCUUCAUUAGACGUAAUAGCCAACCAUUUCUGCAUUGUGAGUUACAGAGAUCAGUAACCACCCCCGACUGCCUUCCACAUGUCAUCUAGCUGCACCAAACUGCAGAAGAAGUCCUCGGUCAGCCUCGGUUUCUGCUCUGCCGUUCAUUUUAAUCAAGUUGUUGCAUGAUGUUUAAAAAAAAACGAAGAAAAAACAGAAUUUCAUAUAAAGCAUGGAUUUGUUAAUCUUCAGAACUUUCCUCGCUGUUGGGUUGAAAGCGCCCCAGCAUACCGUCUAACGGCGCCAUUCUCAAACAAGGCGUCAGUGCACGCAUUUUGACAUGGAAGCACCCGCUCUCGUCAUCUUACCGAUGUGGGACUUAUGGAAAGAAAAAGUGGAAUGUGAAUUUUCUGAUAUUCCUUUAGGUCAACAAAUAGGGUGCCUAUUUUACAUUCAAAACACCAUGUCAAGCUCGUCGACAUGAUUAAGCACACACAGUGAGCUUUUAAACUGCCACUUUUCUUUUUUUUCCCCUUAGAUUUGUUUUAGAAGAUCUUUUAUUUCAUAUGUUAAAAACAACAGCACAGAACAGCAACAUGUAUGUAUAUGCAGCACUAAUCAUCACUGGUGAUGCUGGUCUGUAAUCACAAUCAGUCACUGUGAACUAAAGAGAUCCAUCAGUCAUACUCAUCUCAAGGAAUUCAGUUGUGUGUGUGUGUGAGAAGCUGAUCUAAGAACUGUGUCAAUGGGACCCACAUUUUAAUUAUGAUGAGCCAUUUGGCAAUAGUUUUGAGCACAGUGCAAUAUUUUGCUUUAGUUGUGGUAACAUAGUCUGUUUUAAUCAAUCGUUUACUUUCUGUAAAAGAAGAAAGUAGUAGUAAACGAAUGUAACUCUGCAUUACUUGUCAUACUAAGUCGGAGAGGGAAAAACUCAUGUCUGUGAAAAUGUGCGGCACUCACCUUAACGACUAAGUGUAACAGAAUCCUCAUUGUCACAUUGAAUAGUUCAUGUAGAUUUUGUCACGUUUACACCGGCAGAAGGUUUGUAGUUAAAAUACAAUUGUAAAGGAUUACAAACAAAAAGAUUAGGUCACAGCAGCACCCUAACCACACAUUUCCAUUGUGAGGUUUUCCUGAACAUGAGGAACGAUGUGGGCGUGGUUUAGAAUUGGAGGCGGGGCUAUCGUUGCACUGGGAUCAGAUGGUUGAAUUUGGCACCACUGUGGUUUUCUUUUUAAUGAAUCCAUGUGGUUAAAAGACUUUAAGCUCAUCCACCAAAGCAUCGUUACACUGUACAAGGAAUGUGUGUGUUUUUUAAUUAAAGUUGGUUCUGUAAACUUACUUGUAUUUUAAUUUGUAUAACAAAUCAUUUGACUUAGUCAAUACGUUGGAAAAACAAACCAAACAUUUGUCUCCGUAAUGUUGGGAAUUCAGCUUUGGGUGGGCCAUUUAUAGCUUUCAUGUAAAUUAAAGAGUGCAUUGAUGUGAGAAUAAGCGUACACAGCCAGUUUAACAUAAGGGAACGGUCAGAUUAGAUUAACCUACUAACUUUAGGGUUUUCACGUACAGCAAAGGAUCAUCUUUGGAAGCAAAAGCAGAUGUUAAACAUGGAAAAACAGAAUUCCAUCACAGAGUUUCUACCUGUCAAUCAAACCCAUCUGACUGGCUUAGCAGUAAAACAUAACUGCCGAAUGUGUAUGAUGAUGCGAACUACAACCUUUUUCUUUUCAGCUUUGCACCAACAUUGUCUGAUGAUUUGUGCUUUGUGCAGCUCGGACUUUCCUGUAAAUAAAAGUUGUCUUUGCA